UUUUAUUUAGUAACUAAACUCAAGAUAUGGGGCCAAUGAAAUAUAAAGCAAGUAUGUCCUCAGUGUCAAGUGGCCUGCAGUAUCACCGUUCUUUGGUGAAACGGAGUCACAAAAUGAAUUUGUGCGUAAUAAGAACUUACUGCUCGUCAGCACCCAAGAGGCCCGAGGCCAAGUCGUCAGCAGAAACAGCCAUGCGCCUCCUUAAUCGCCUGACAGAAACUGGGACCGCUGUGGGAAGAAACUCCCUUCAAAAAAUAUCCACAACGUGCAAGAGUUGGUGGGACAGAUAUGAAGAGUUUGUUGGUCUUAAUGAAGUUCGAGAGGCUCAGGGAAAGGUGACACAGGCUGAAAAUGUCUUUAUGGUAGCUCGAGGGAUAGUACGAGAGGCUCGUGAAAAUGUAGAAGCCCAACAAAUUAAACUGAAGGAAAUUCGGGACCGCUUAGACAGGGUCUCUCGGGAUGACACCCAGUAUUUAGAGCUGGCUACUCUGGAACACAGGUUGCUGCAGGAAGAGAAGAGAUACCGAGCUGCCUAUUUAAAUGCAGAAGAAUCUGAGCGAGAAAAAUUCUCUCUUUUCUCUGCAGCUGUAAGGGAAAGUCAUGAGAAAGAACGAACAAGAGCCGAAAAAACAAAGAACUGGUCCAUUAUUGGUUCUGUCCUGGGAGCUAUUAUAGGUGUUCUUGGUUCCACCUAUGUUAAUCGAGUAAGGCUGCAAGAAUUGAAAGUUUUGGUGCUUGAAGCACAGAAAGGGCCAAUAAGUCUGCAAGAAGCCAUCAAAGAACAGGCCUCCAGCCAUUACUUACAGCAAAAGGAUCUCAGUGAUAUCAUAGCAGACCUGAAAAACAUGCUGCAAACAAGGACAUCACAGGAAAUAAAAGAAGGUGUUUUGUUAGCUAAAGAAGACAGGAAUGACUCCUUUAAAAUAGAUUCUAUUUUAAUUCCCUUAAAAGAACAGCUAAGCUACACUAAACAAGUCAGUUCAUGUCUGGGGAAUUUACAGCAGCAGUUUAGCAGUCUGCAAGAAAGUAUAGCACAAAUGGUGUCUGAAAUGCAGAGCGUAAAACUUGCAGUUCAUGCCAGACCCACGGAAAGAGCGGUGCCCCGGUCUCCAGUGGAGGGCAAGGGCCAGGCUUCCGCGGUGAAAGACGUGAUUUUAGAGUUGUACGACACCGAGCGGAGGCUGGAAACACAAAUGAAGAGAAACACUGUUUACAGCACUGCACUGACGUGCGCCAUGUUUGCAUUUACUCUGCCAGUACUUUAUAUUAUAUUUAAAGGAAACUGAGCUCUAAUUAAUUAACAUAAUUGACUAGAUUAAUAAAAGUAAGCUUGCACUCUAAGUAGUUAGAGUACAAGGUGAAGGAAAUGUGUGUUAGCAUUUUCUCAUUAUGCUUUUCUUCUGUGUAGUUGGGAA